AUGGGGGGAGUUGACCUUGGGGAUCAACUCAUUGCUGUAUAUGAUCCCCAAGUCCGCUCCGUGAAGCUGUGGAAGAAAAUUUUAAUCAACUUUCUUCUCACAGCUUCAGUUAAUGCCUAUCAGACCUUCAUGAACACCCAUGGUAGGACGACCCCCCGUCUGGACUUCCACAUGUCCCUUCUCCACUCACUCGUCGGGAACAGUCAUGUGACUAGGAGGACUGGCAGACCAAGGACCCAGCCUCCUUCCCGACGACUGACCGGACGCCACUUCAUCGAAGUGCUGCCUGAAGGAAGAGGAAACAGUGUGUCCUCUGUAGAAAACGACGGAGGACCACAGAUGGCUCUGCAGGGAAGGUCAGGACUUGGUGUCCUGACUGCACUGUAGGCCUCUGUGCCCGCU